GAGGGUGGCUCUGAGGGACCGGGGCAGAGACCCCCGGGGUAAGGCCCCCCCCGGGGUGCCGGGGGUGGAUCAUUGGGGUUGUCCAUUCAUGUGGUGGUUUUGUUCAGCUUCAAAUGGCCCUGAAAAUCAUCCCUCUUGGAGUCCUUUGUUGUAAUCCCAAACUUGAAAGGACAUCGAAGCACUUUUCGAUUCUGGAAUUUGCAGUCUCCUUUAUUGGAUGACCACCUCAUCAACACCUGGAUGCAGUAACAUCCUCUACUCGGUGAGGUCCUUACUAGGAAACCUCCCCCUCACGAGGAAGUUCUCCACUGGAUCCAGUUGCUCGUGGCAGAGUGGGAUUUUGGUGGCAGAGAGCUUACUUCGCUGCGCCCCGGUUAGUAGGUUUCUGACAAUGUUAGGAACAGCGUUUGAGAUGACUGCAGUGGAGAAGAUUGAGGAGCAGCUUGCAGGUCUGCGCAUAGCAAAACGUUCCGUGCUGAGUGAGGAACCUGCUUAUUUGCUGGAUAUAGAUGUUUCCAAACCCGCUCAAUCCGAAAGCCCUCGCUUUGUGGCAGUUUCGUGUUCCAAUAAGUCCAUCAGGGUAUAUAACAGGGAAACAUUAAACUUCCUGCGGGAGUACAGUACCCCUCCUGGGAUACUUAACGGAGUCAGAUUUGCACACGCGUGUGACAGCGUAGUGUUCUCAGCGUGCAGCGAUGGUACCGUCAAGUGUUGGGAUAUUCGUUUAGCGACUCAGAAAGCCGUGCAGGUAUUCAGUGGCUAUCCUUCCAACGUUUUCAUCAGUUUUGACAUCAACUACAGUGACCUCAUCAUUUGUGCUGGAACAGAAAAAGUUGAAAAGGACACGUUUCUGGUGUUCUGGGAUGCAAGAGGCGUCACAGACUGUGCCAGCGCAACUAAAGAACCCUUGGGAGUCUAUUCUGAAAGUCACAAUGAUGAUAUCACCAAAAUUUGUUUCCAUCCUAUCGAACCCAAUUUGGUGGUUUCUGGGUCAACCGAUGGGUUGGUUAAUGUGUUCGACAUCAACAAGGAUAAUGAAGAUGACGCUUUGAUAUCAACGUGCAAUUCGGAUUCAUCGGUAAGUUUUAUUGGCUGGUCCGGGAAGGACUAUAAACAGGUCUACUGUGUGACACAUGAUGAGGGGUUUUGUUGGUGGGACAUUGCUCGGUUAGAUACCGAUGAACCCAUAACCCUGUUGCGUGUUCUGGAUGUCAGAGAUGCAGUCUGCCUGGAAAAGGACGGCUUGCAUUAUCUGGUAGGUGGCUUGUACCACGAAAAGGUGGACAAACUCUUUCUUAUUGGGGGAACAUCCACAGGAAACAUUCACCUCCUCAGCUGCGGUGCUGAUGGCCUGAGCCUGGUGGGUACCCUUCGUGGAGGACACUCUGCCACCGUCCGCUCCUUCUGCUGGAGCCUGAGGGAUGAGUCUCUGUGGACGGGUGGAGAGGAUGCUCAGCUGUUGCUAUGGAAACCCGGAGGUGUGGAAAGGUGCCUUGCGAAGAAAGCCUCUAUGAAGAUUGCUUCUUCCGUGCAGAAGAGAGUAAGAGUUCACAACAGCUCCCUCAAAACUGGGAAAAAGUCAAAAUCUGGAAGUGGGGGUCUCUGCUGAGGAGAGUUUUCCUGGUGUAUAAUCUCUCAGGCAGCACUUGGCCAGGUUUUGUUUGGGGCUUCAUGUGGAAAGAACUACGGUGCCUGAAUUCUACCUGGGAAUGUGUUUCACUCACCAGAUAAAUGCCUUUUUUUUUUUCCUUUUUUUUUUUUUUUUUACAUUGCUAAUAUUAAUCAGCAAAAAGUAAAUGUUUGUGCUCGCUCUUGACCAAUAUAUCCGAAAUCUUAUAUAA